AUGAGGCACAUAAUGUGUGUCGUUUCAGGGUUAAUCCUCAAGAUGGAAAGUGCAAUUCUGGUUGUUCUGGUAAUUUUGCAAGGUGUUUUUGGUGGAGACUGGGGGGUGACCUUCAAUAACCCAUGUGCUGUGAAAGGAUCAACCACCAUCAUAACGUGCUCCUAUGACUACCCUAUAAUUAAUUUUGUCACCUCAGUUGCCUGGUAUAAAGCGGUGUCCGCUUCUGGCAAGUGGACAUUGGUAUCUGUCUAUGAUCUCACUUCAGACCCAAACCACUUUGAAUAUGUCGGCAACUUCAGACAUGACUGCAGCCUGAAGAUCAAUAAUGCACAAAGCAGGGAUAGCGGACUGUACACAUUUAGUUUUACAACAACCUUAAAUAGGUGGAGGAGUAAAACAUAUGCUUAUUUGAAUAUUAAAGAGAUGACCGCCACCGUGCAGCCAGAAACUGCAGACGAGGGAAACCAGGUCAUCCUGUCCUGUUUGUUAGGUUGUCCAUCACCUCCAGCUUUUGUCUGGUUCAGAGAUGGACAACCAGUCCAAAAUCGAGUUUUCCAGGCAAAGAUCGAGGAUGCUGGGAGUUACAGCUGUGCCAUCAGAGAACAACAGGAAGUCAGAUCUGCGUCUGUGGCUCUGAAUGUUCGAUAUGCUCCAAAAAAUGUCACCUUGUCAACAAAUCCAUCAGGAGUUGUCUUAAAAGGGAGUUUGGUGACUUUUACCUGCAAAAGCGACGCCAACCCGCCUGUGAGACCAGGGGCGUACAGGUUGUUUAAGGACAGAGAUUUUAUCAGCUCGGGAGAAAACUACACCAUCUCUGACGUUUGGCCCGGCCACAGCGGGCGAUACCACUGUCAGGCCCAGAAUGGUAUCACUUGGGGGGGCGUCCGAAUCGCCAACUCCACAGAGGUUGAUCUUGACGUACAGUAUGCACCAGAGAACAUUUCGGUUUCAGUGAAUCCGCCAAAUGUUGUUGAGGGAAUUGGUGUGAAUCUGACAUGCAGCAGUGCUGCAAACCCUGCAGCAGACAGCUACACCUGGUACAGGAGGAUGGCUGAUCCCAGCCCCACCUCUAUGCUCCAGGUGGGCUCAGGACCGGUGCUGUCUCUUCCCUCUAUGGAGUCGUCCCAUGUCGGAACUUACCUCUGCCGGGCCAGAAACCACUGGGGUGAAAACAACUCCACUGAGGUGCCGCUGAUAAUGCAAACCUCACACGUUGGCAUGCCCCUCUCUAUUUUAGGUGGAGUAGUAGUUGCUCUUUUUUUGGUGCUCUUGGUUGCAGUUCUCUGGUUCUGGAAGAACAGGAAGUCUCAUGCUGACAAAAAACAGGAGGCGCAGAAUGGGACAGAAUCAAAGUCUUUGGCGUCAGAGGCACCGUCCGAACCAGUUUAUGCAAACAUCCAGAAGCCACCCUCACUGCCUCUUGCUGUUUUUGAAGAGGUCAUAUAUUCAACAGUGUCCAUCAAACCCAGGAAUGCCAGCGUGUCCCGUCACAGCAGAACGGUGCAGGGCUCCAGGGAAAACCCUGCAGAUGACGAUGUAAUCUAUGCCACUGUGGUCAAAUCCAGCUGAGUUUGGUCAAAUGAUUUCAGCCAUCGUGAAGAAACUCAUGCUGAGUUACCAUAAAUGAAAUAUUGGUGUUAUAGUUUACAGUGUUUAAAUCUGUGUGCAACAGAUUUACAGUUAUAUUUGACAAUUUACAGUUUUACAAAUGCAGUGGAUAUAUUUAUUCAUAGCAGCAUUCUUUCUUCCACUUCUCAUUAGUUCAA